AUGAAAAAUGAAAAUAAGCAACAAUCCAAACCGGAAAUAGACUGCCUUUCUGGAGCGGAUCCGUUGCUUCCAGAAACCGCAUGGAGGCUGACAACACGUCAUGGAACAUGUUUAAGUUUUGAAGAGCUUUGUGAUGCAAAUUAUUUUGAAUCUCAGACUGCUGUUGUCACUGCUGUUGCUGUUGCUGUCCCGCAACAGACAUUCGUUAUUAUCGCACCAACGAUUAUGGAAAAGGAGCAGGAAUACCGCGUAGUGGGGUUCAUCGGAACAGCUGCGGUACCACUGACAACAGAAUUUGGGGAGGUGAAGUAA